UUUACUCGACCUACAGAACUGGUCUCUGAAACACAUGGUUACCAUGAUCAGCGUUGGUCAGUGGUUUUUCAGUGGAAGAAACUGAAUAUUUUUUUCUCUAACUUUUCGUAUUUAUCUUUUUCGUCGUUUUCUUUACCAUCAUGGUGCGAGCAAAACGUAACAUCAAAGUGCGGAAGCCCAGGAAGAGCGAACAGUAUGAUGAAGAUGACCCCAGAGCAUACAGUGAUAUGCCAGCGCCUGAUAAGACGUCGUCCCAGUUCACAAAAGACAAGAUCGAUGAAUUCCACGAUGAGAAGAUCGCCAACCUUCUGGCCCGAGGCGUCCAGAUGGAGAGCGACGAAGACGACCUGGAUGAUGAGGAGGAAGUCAUGCCCCUGGAUGAUUCAGAGUCUGAAGAGGAGGAGGAGGAAGAAGAAGAGACGGAUAUGGAGAGUGAUCUAGAUGGGAAAAAGGAUGAAGAUCUUCCUAAUGAACUGGCGUGGGGCACCAAAAAGAAAAUGUUCUACGACUCGGAUUACGUCGUCAGCAAGGGAAAAACUAAUGAAGAGUUGGAGGCGGAAGAGCAGGAGGAAGAGGAGGAGGCCAUAAACAUCCAGAAACGUUUAGCAGCAAAUCUGAGCGAGGAGGAUUAUGACCUUAACCUCUUUCAGGCGUUUGCUGAGGAAGAGGACAAAGCCGAGGCGGUUGAAAAGCAGGAGAGGAUUGAGAAAGACCUGAAGCAGAUGUCCCACAAAGAAAAAAUGAAACUGCUGAAGAAAGAAUCGCCCGAGUUACUUGAACUCAUUCAAGACUUUAAGGCGAAGCUUAGUGAGCUGAAAAGUGAGCUGCAGCCUCUUGUGCAGAUGGUCAAGAAAGGAAAAAUCCCUGCAGGAAAGGGUGCUGACUACCUUGUGACUAAACAGCAGCUUUAUCUCAAUUACUGCACAAACAUCAGCUUCUACCUGGUGCUUAAGGCAAAGCGGAUCCCUGCACACAACCACCCCGUGAUCGAACGUCUGCUCACCUACAGAAAUCUCAUCAAUGAUCUACGCCCAGUGGAUGCGCGGCUCUCACCUGAGUUUCGUAAACUGCUGUCUGGCGAUCAGGAAACCACCAACAGACCAGCAGAAGACAAGAAAACCAAAGUCCCUGAUAAAGAAAAAAAGGACUCUGAUGAAACGGUGCCUGAGGCUGAAGACGACUCCGACUCCGACCUGGAUGAAGAGGCUGCUUUGAAUUUCUAUAGAGAAAUGGAGAAACGUACGAAAUUGAAGAGAAAAAACAGUCGUCCGGAAGCUGAAGAGUUUGAGGAGAAGUACAGCGAUGAGGAGCAGCUGGAUCCAGACAACAAGAGAGGAAUCACUUACCAGAUGGCAAAGAACAAAGGGCUGACGCCGAAGAGGAAGAAGAUUGACCGAAAUCCCAGAGUCAAGCACAGAGAGAAGUUCAGACGGGCCAAGAUCCGCAGAAAGGGCCAGGUCCGAGAUGUCCGACGAGAGGAGCAGCGCUACAGCGGCGAGAUGUCAGGUAUUCGUGCCGGUGUCAAGAAGAGCACCAAGCUCAAGUAACCAGGAGCUGCGUGCUCGUCUGCCACCGUUCCUUACCAUGACAUUAAAAAGGACUUUUGAUUUUCACAUUUGUAAAUUGUUGACCUUUUUCCAGUUUGAAUAAAAGGUUUUCAAAUCCA